UUAGUAAAAAAACUUCAAGGUUUAAAGUGUUAGUAAGUGACACUUUCAAGGUUUUUAUGCGAUUUUCCCUUAGAAUAUAUGUAGUUUUAUAAUUUAUGUUAAUGUCGUCCAUGUAUCACUAUCAGAAUUCGAACUUAUAGUGCAGGUUGCUGACAAGUUAAACUAACAGCACUUUUCUUUUAAAAAUGUUUUGACUUUACAAAAUUUACACAUCCACUGCAUUUUGCAACAAUACUUUACAAAAAGUGGUGAUGAGUGAUGACUCAUGAAAUUUUGACUUGUGAGUGACUCUAUACACAUCUAACCGCCAUUACAAAUUUAUUUAAUUUAUCUUCCAGUCAGCCAUCGUGAUCCAUUUUUGGGUUGUUAGUUAACUCAACAUAUAAAUUGAUAUAAAAACAUACACGCUAGACAGAAAAGAAUGUAAAUAUGAUAAUUUAUUUAAAUUUGGAGUUUAAUGGAAUUAAAAAGUUGGAAAGAAUAACUUGAUAGAGUGCGUUAUGUAAGAAAGUGCCGACCAGAUGAGCAGGACCACGGUGAGAAGUAGGUAGUUAAACCUUAACAACCUUAAUCAUCUGACAGGGCCAACUAUACUUUGAAUAAUUAACCCCAUUAAAAUUCAUUUUUACAAAAUUUAUUUUAAUAUAGCUGGGCGUCUGUAUUGCACACACCCAUAUUCUUAUAUUCAUAUGUAUAUUUAUGUUAAAUUUAUUCAUUGAUAAAAAAAAUAAGAAAUGAAAAUUUUGAAUAGCUAGACGUUUAACUAAGAAACUUAUAUUGUAUUGUAUAUGUGUGUUUGUUAUGAGUUUAUGGUAUAUGUCAUAUGUAAGCGGUUUAUAAGUAUUUUGGUAAAUAGAAUAAGACGUAUAUAGGAGAAAAUAAAAUACUUUGGAGUAAUUUGUUAAAAUGAGUUAGGAGGAGAAUUUUUGUUUUAAAAAAUUAUGUACAUAUAUUGUGGUGUUUAUUACGGUAUUGAUGAUCCAAGCGGUAAAGUAUUUCAAAAAUUUAUUAUAUUAUAUUAUAAUUUAAGGUUUAAAUGUGAUCAUCAUGAUGGUGCUAUCAAUGUGUUAUCUUCCGCAUAAUGCAUUGUUACUAAAGAUGAUUUUUUUUUGGUUAAAAUGUUCCACAAACAUAAAAAUGAUUUUAAGUUCCCCAUGAGUCAUUCCCCAGGAUUACAUCGAUGAUACACACGUGAAAUACAUAUAGAUAGCUAUUUUGUAACCUGAUAAACUCCAUAUUUUGAUUACUGGAUCAUCAAAACAACAUAUAGAGUACAAGAGAAUCUUGAGUAUCUAAACUAGUAUCUAUACAAAUCUAUUCUCAAAUAUACAAUCUCAGAAUCUCGUAUAUUCAAUCUAACAUGUUUGUUUUGUAAACCAUUUGUAAUCUAAAAAAUUAGGUAAUCGUGUCAAUACUGCUCUCUUAAUUAGUAGUUGAAUUGAAGGUAGUGUUCAAUUCACUUUUUCUUUCGGCUUAGAAAUGGUGCUUCACUUAAUCUAUAAACUAAAGUGCCAGCUUGUAUCCACAAAAAAACCAAAAUCGUUUCCGCUAAUAAUCUAACAUAUAGUGGCUAACUUCGUUCGUCUUACACUCACCUUGACUCUAAAGAAAAACUGAGAAAGAAGCUUUAGUGAUUUGGACCUCACUCAUAAAUAUUCUGUUAAGUUCUUUGAUACCCUUAAGAAGCUAUAUAUAAUCGUUUCAUGCAUGCACAUAUAUUAUAGAGAGAUUAAUCAUAGUUGAUUUUGCUUUUGAAAAAUAACACUAUUUUCUUUGUUGUUUUAUAGCAUCUGUUAUUUUCAGCCGAUAGAAUCAAAGUUUAAUCAAAACACAUUACUCAGAUCACUUUACUUCGGGCUGACGUUAGAUAACUCAUAUGGUCAGCUAAUCAAAAGGCCAACCCAAAAAAGGCGGCAAAAGUUAGCCACAUGGCUUUUCUUGACUCUUUGCUACGACAAUUUAAAAAUUAACCCCAUUCACAUUUGUCCCCCACAUUUUCUGUUUUUCUUUUUUAAUAUCAUCAACUGGUUUAGAUAAUUUUGACAACUCAGGUCAUCAUUCAAAUGAGCUCGUUUAGAAAGUUUAAAAAUGUCAUCGAAGCAUUUUUCACCUUUUUGUUAAUCUCUUACUUCUUUUUUGAAGCAGUGGAAAAUUCUGAAGAGAGCCCGUACAUUACCUUAGAACGAAGUUCAAAUUAUGUUAAAUUAAUUUUUUUGGGGGAGUAGACCUUUUCCUAACAAAAAAAUGAACUAGCGAUCUCUAAUACUAGAUGGUCUAGAGUUUUUGUCACUAAACCAACCCCUUGUUGGUCUUAAACUUUAACUGUUACUCAUCAUAUACAUAUACAUAAUCUUACAGUUUAAUUAUAAAACCAUUCGCAUUAGUAGAAAACGUUUUCACAUCCUCUAUUUAUUUUACUCAUCAUACGCAGACGUAACAAACUAACAGUAACCUGGUUUAUAUAUACAUAAAACUAUUUCGACCGGGAGCUUGCGGUAAGGAAAAGGGUUUCACCACAUUUCAUGUUCGAUCUACCUGCCAUGAGAAACUAAGUCAUAUUUUUCUGGUCAUCCUACCCAGAUAUAAGUCGCUAUAUUUUAUCGCAUUUGAAUACCCAAGAGAUUGUCUAUGCAGGGCUGCACCUCUCAUCCGGAGAUUAAGUAUGUGUGUUUAAUAGAUCCGGGUUUAACCUUACAUAGAACUAUAAAGUAGGUGUGGAUAUAUAUAAGCUUACUUUAAUAUAUUUUAUCAUUAUAUGUUGACAAAAAAGAAUAUAUGUAUUGUAAGUGCAUGUGCGCUCGAACGAUCACUUUGCAGAAGUUGGAUUAUAAAUUGGCUUUUACGACCGUCUUAUCUAUAUUAUAAAAAGUUUAUCAUUCCAUUGAGAUUCAUGAUCCUAACGCCAUUCUCUAUAUAAAUGUCUCAGGCAUAUGAUGAAAAACGUACCUCAUUUAUACAUAAAACAUAUAAACACCUUACAUACUGAAUCAUUUUAUUAGCACAUAACACAUGGCUAGCUUUAAGUUUUUGAUGUGUUUGUUCUUGAUCUGCGUUUCUUCAUUGUCGUGGUCAUCAGCAUCUCGGCCGUUGCAGCAACGGUUUGCAAACGAAGAUGGAAGUAGACGACGAGGGCGUAUGAUGAGAGAAGCAGAAAAAGUGUUGAAAGCUAAUAUGGAAAAGCUAAUGGAGAGAGGUUUUAAUGAGUCAAUGAGACUUAGCCCUGGAGGUCCCGAUCCUCGUCAUCACUGAGUUCGAGCUCUCGUAGAAUUAAAGAUGCAGGGAUGUGUAUUUCUUUUUCUCGAUCGAGAACCGGUUUAGAAGAAAACAUAUUGAUCCAUUUUGAAUGUAGCCUUGUUUGUUCAUUCGGUUUAACCAAAAUAAAUAUUGACGUAUCUGUUCGUCAUACAUUUUUUAUGAAUGGUGCAUGCUUUACGUACCCUAUACAUUCUAUUAUAUAGUAUAUAUAUAUAGUAUAUACUAGCCUUGGACCUCUUGGUCUAGUCCAGACUAGAGAGGACGUUUGCAUAUAAAGUAUAUAUAUAUAUAUAUAUAACAAAAAGGAUAAAGAAAUAGUAUAAAAGUGAGACUGCACUAGUUUAGUUUAUCCUGUCUUUAAUUGUCUGAUGGCUCGUGUAGAUAUAUGAUUUAAAAUUGUGUUUGAAGAGUAUAUAUGAUUUAUGACUAUUUCGCCUAAUAUUCCACUAAUAAAACAUAUAUAUAAGAGAGAUAAGAUAGUGACUGAAGUAGAAAAACAUAGGGAAAACAAGGAUUGGUUUUAAUGAAAUUAGACCUUUUUAAAGUUAGAAGUCAACGCCUCUAAUUUGAAGCUAGCAUAACCGGCUCUGACAACUACUAUUAAAUUGAUAAACCGAUAUAUAAACCAAUACUUCUGAUUAGGGGUGGGCAUGUCGAUUUAGUUUUGGAUUCGGUUUAGAUUCGGUUUAGUUUGGUUAAUUUGGGUUCUAUAAAACUUAACCCAAUCAAAACCGAACUAGCUUCGGUUUGGGUUCGGUUUGGGUUUAGUUUGGUUCGAUUUAGUUCGGUUUGGUUUAGAUUUAGUUUGGUUCACUUUAUUAUAUUUUGCUUCGGUGUAGUUCGGGUUGGUUAUAAAAUAUGUUGGUAUUAGUUUGAUUAGAAAAUAAUCAAUUUAUAAAAAGUUGGGAUGAAAUAUAAACUUGUCAGCUAAAAAAUCCAUACUAAAACAAUGUAUCCAAAAACUAAUAGUAUUACUAAAACAAUUUAAUAUUAUAACUUUCAGACAAUGGAAACUAGAGAAUCUAUGAUGAAUGAGACGAGACGGCAACAAGACUUUCUUAUAGUUUUUAGGUUUUGUUUUUAGUACAACUAGGAGUUUUGUCCGCACAAACGGGCAUAGUUAUUUAAUAAAUAUUUAUUAAUAAAUAUUUAUUAGUUUAAAGAUAAAAAAAAAAUUAAACAUUAAACUUAUACUAUUUUAUGAAUCUUACAAUUUCUUAAUUUCUUAAUUUUUAUUGAUUUAAAACAUUAUUUUUGGAUAACAACACUAAUAUUUUGUAAAUAUGUUGUUAUCUUGAACAAAUUUUUAUUAUAUUAAUUUAUAAACAAUGAUAUAAUUAAAUAAACAAAUAUAUAAUUAUUAAUAUAAAGUGAUGUUAUUAAACCAAUUCUAGGAAUUAGCAUAACCAACAAAAUCUCAAAAUAAAUCAAAAGCACAAGAAUGUUAAACCAAACUCAACUUUGCAUAUUAUAUUAGUCAAAGUAAAUAAGAAUACUGAUAUAUGUAUAAUUAUAUUGUGAAACACUUCCUAUAAUAAUUGAAUAAACACUUAAGCAGACCAACUUUGUUGACAAACAAAACAUUAAUAUGUAAUGUAUAUUUGAGGAAAUUUUAAUUUAAACAAAGUUAUAAUUCUUUAAAAAUCUUGAAAAAUUAAAAGUAAAUAAAGUAAAUUUUAAAUUUUCAUAAAUAUAAGGUACUUAUUGUAAAAAAAAUAUUUUGAAAGUUAUUCUUACAACUGGUUAUAACAAUAAAUACUUAGUAAAAAUAAAAACAAAGAAAUAUUAAAUUUUCAACUUAAAUAACAAAUACAAGUUAUUCUUGCAACUGAAUGAUAAGAAUAAAAAUGAAAAUAUCACGAAAAUCACGUUAAAAACAGAACUAGAGAAAAUAUCAUACAAUCACUUUUAUGUAUUAUGUAUUAGGAUUAGAAUUAGAGAAUAAAUUUAAUAGUAUUAUUUGCAUCAUAUUUGAGAAUUUCAAAAAUAUAGAUGUUAAGAAAAAAAAAACAGAACUUUAACUAAAUAAUUUCAAAAUAUAUUAAUAUACACAUAUAUCUAUUAUUUAUUAAUAAAUAAAAAGUGUAUAAAAAAGAAGAUAAAAACAUACUGGGUUAUCGGUUUGGUUCGGUUUAAAGCCAAAUCAAACCAAACCAUUCAGGUUAGUAAAACAUGAACCAAUUGGUUUACGUAAAGAACACGGUUUGGUUUGGUUUAGUUUAACUUCGGUUGGGUCGGUUCGAUUCUGUUCCAAUCGGUUUGGUUUGGUUUUUUUGCCCACCCUACUUCUGAUUUCGUUACUAGAUCCACUAAAACUUGCAAGUAUGUGUAUUGUGUACAUGAAAGAGUAUGAAUCUGUUUUUUUUUUUGGUAACACAACUUCAUUAUUAAGCUUAAUCGAUUACAAUGAUAUAGAACAACAUCAGACAUACCCAUUGUGCAAGCCUCAUGGCUACAACAACACAACAUCUGAAGCAAUAGAAGGAUAGGUACACAAAUAAAGUGUUAAAAUGAAUUUUGAAGGAGACACUUGCGGAUGAAAUCACAGAAUAUUCGAAACACACUUCAAGAUCUUCCAACUUGCAGAUUGUCACCUUAACAUGUAACUUUGACAAACACUUUAAACUCUUGGUUCUCACAAAAAUGAGCUCUGUUGCAUCUAGAGCAUAGCAGUGUUAAAUUUCAACGGAAUCGUAUCCGGACAAAAUGUGCCUCUCAUGGAGUAGGCAAACAAUAGACAAAUUCUAUCCUUAAUGGAGGAGUGUGGAAGUGUUCUCUCCUGAACCCAACAAGGUGGAUUUUGAUAUGUCUUCACCACUACACUGGCGAACAAAGGGCGAAGCUUGACGAGAUUGACUGUAAGGUAAAAGCAGAGGUCCUCCAAAGUCUUCCAAUCCCAACAUUACCGAUGUUGGAGCCACAAAGAUGUGACGAAACAAAAGCUAAACCGGUUGACAUCAGAAUCUGUACUACUUGAAGUGUUGUCUCAAGUGAGGGAGCACAAGCCUGGAGUAUGAGAGAUCUGUGUGAUCUUUUGAAGUUUAUACAGGAAUCUUAUCAAUAUAAACUAAAAUUCUAGUAAGAAUAGACAAACCAUUUUGUCGGCAGUACCUGGUUUAUUUGAAGGCGCUAGUAACUGAAUAUUGUGCCUUAGUUUGUACUAUUAACUCUCGAGUGUGUUGAGAUUAAACAAAUGACUAGUAAUGUAUAGGUCCCAGUUAUAGGAAAACCAAUGUUGAUCAAAACAAGAACACUUUGGUUCUUAAAGACAAGUUUACUGCAAUUUUCUCUUCCCCUUUCAUUUAACUCCAACUCAUGCUUAAAUACAAAAUUAUUUAUCAAAAAGCAAAGACAAAAAAAAAAAGAAAAAGACUUUCUACAUUGUAGGUGAAGAAAAACUCAUAAUGGGGUCAGGGAUGUGAUGGGCCCAAAUCUCCGACUUGGAAGGUUGUCGGGAUGUCUACAACAACCGCCGUCACAUCUGCUGAAUGCUCAUCAGAACAAGUUAGAUUGCCGGAACUUGGUUCGUUAGUUUGGAACAGGCGAACUCUCGUUCUGCAGAUAGGGCAAGUGGCGUGCGACUCAAGCCAAGCGUCGAUGCAAUGUGCGUGAAACCAGUGUUUACAGCUCGGCAAGAGCUUGGCUUUGUCUCCUUCGGCGAGCUCAGAGAGACAAACGACACACUCGACGCCGUCCUCAAACUCAAAGUUCCGAGGGUUAAAAUCAACGGCGGGGAUUGAUCGGAUGAGGAUGGAGGGGUUAACACUGGCCAACUCCGUGAUGUUGAUAACAUGAUGGUCAUCGCUUGUACCCAAACCAUGAUCAUUGUUGGCAUCAUCAUCAUCAUCAUCAAAGUAAAGUUUAUAAGCGCCGGCACACAGUAGUACAAGGAAGCCAAGCGAAUCCAGAACGAUAGUAGCAACCAAAACAACUCUUUGGGCAUUCUUGUCACCACGAGGAAAAACCCAAUACAGGCAAUACUGGAAGCCAAUAAUAAAUAUAGAGAUAGCAUAAAUGUAUAUUACAAUGUGCUUCAUCUUCGAAUAUAUGUGUUUUUUUUCAGAAUAGCUGAAAGGUGGAAGGAAGGAUACUAAAACUUGAGUGAGAGAAGUCGUAAUGAUUUUGAUUGGUUUUCAUGAACAUGUAUUUAUAGGUUAAGUGAUCUUACCAUUUUUCUUUAAAAGGAAAAACUUACUAAACUUGAAGAAAUC